AAUUACGACCAUACCACUUUCCCUCAACGCUCUCUUCUCGAAUCUCUCUCUAUCUUCUCUUGUCUACCUGCAAAUUUGUCGGAACGACAAUGGAGAAACGGUCUUUGCUUCUCUCUCUACUCCUUCUCUGUUUCUUCCUCUCUUCUUCUUCGAGCUCUGAUUCAGAGGCUCUUCUAAACUUCAAAUCCGCCGCUGAUUCCACCGGUAAACUCUUCUCAUGGAACUCGACCACCGACCCGUGCAAAUGGACCGGAGUCUCCUGCGUCGGAAACCGAGUCACCCGACUCGUCCUCGAGAGCCUAGAACUCACCGGGUCAAUCUCCUCGCUCGCCUCGCUCACCGAGCUCCGAGUUCUCAGCCUCAAACGUAACCGCUUCUCCGGUCCGGUCCUAGACCUCUCGAACCUCGCAGCACUUAAGCUACUCUUCUUGUCGGAAAACCAAUUCUCCGGCGAGUUCCCGCCGUCGGUCACUUCCCUCACUCGUCUCUACCGCCUUGAUCUCUCCUUCAACAACUUCUCCGGCGAGAUUCCACCGACGCUAACACACUUAACACAUCUCCUCACUCUCCGGUUAGAAUCAAACCGGUUCUCCGGUUUAAUACCAGACAUCAAUCUCUCCGAUCUCCAAGAUUUCAACGUCUCCGACAACGAAUUAGUUGGACAUAUACCAACGUCCUUGUCGGAAUUCCCAACCUCCGUCUUCGGACAAAACCCCUCUCUCUGCGGAGCUCCGUUGCUAAAAUGCACCGGUUACCCAACUAAACCGGGUCAACCGGAUAGAGCAACAGCUUCCCCUCUAAACAAUCCAGAAACCAUACCUUCCUCUCCGUCUUCCUCAGUUCACUCCCCCAAAGACGGAGACAAAAGCAGCUCGGCGAGAAUCAGCACGUUAGCACUCGUGGCUAUCAUCCUCGGAGACGUCAUCAUCCUAAGCCUCGUCUCUCUCCUUCUCUACUGCUGCUUCUGGAGACAAUACGCCACGAACAGGAAGAAACACUCUAAGGUUCUCGAAGGGGAGAAGAUAGUCUACUCCUCGAGCCCUUACCCAACGGCAGCGGCGCAGAACAGUAACAACAACCAGCAGCAAGGAGGUGGAGAGAGGGGUAGAAUGGUCUUUUUCGAAGGAACUAGGCGGUUCGAGCUGGAAGAUCUUCUCCGAGCCUCGGCGGAGAUGCUAGGGAAAGGAGGGUUCGGGACGGCGUACAAGGCGGUGCUUGACGACGGCAACGAGGUGGCGGUGAAGCGGUUGAAAGAUGCGGUGAAUGUGGCUGGAAAGAAGGAGUUUGAGCAGCAGAUGGAGGUUUUGGGGAGGCUGCGUCAUGGUAAUCUUGUGAGCUUGAAAGCUUAUUACUUUGCUAGAGAAGAGAAGCUUCUUGUCUGUGAAUACAUGCCUAACGGUAGUCUCUUCUGGCUUCUCCAUGGUAAUCGUGGACCGGGUCGGACCCCACUAGACUGGACCACGCGCCUCAAGAUCGCAGCUGGAGCGGCGCGUGGAGUAGCUUUCAUCCACAACUCAUGUAAAACCCUCAAGCUCACUCACGGUGACAUAAAAUCCACCAACGUCCUCCUCGACGGCUCCGGUAACGCUCGAGUCUCUGACUUUGGCCUCUCUAUCUUCGCGCCGUCGCAAACCACCGCCAAAUCUAACGGCUACUGUGCGCCGGAGCUGAUCGACGGUAGAAAACCCACCCAAAAAUCGGACGUAUACUCGUUUGGAGUGUUACUUCUCGAGAUACUCACCGGGAAAUGUCCUAACUUAGUGGAGACGGUUCACACCGGCGGGGCGAUGGAUUUACCGAGGUGGGUCCAAUCGGUGGUGAGAGAGGAGUGGACGGCUGAAGUGUUCGAUUUGGAGCUGAUGAGGUAUAAGGAUAUAGAGGAGGAGAUGGUGGGACUGCUGCAGAUUGCUAUGGCUUGCACUGCGGCGACGGCGGAUCACCGACCAAAGAUGGGUCACGUGGUGAAGAUGAUAGAGGAGAUACGUGGAGGUGGCUCUGAGACGUCGCCGUGUAACGACGGGAUCAAUUCUGCGGCGGAGUCCUCACCGUGCUUGUCUGAGGACACGUAUACGUGUGGUGGGACUACUAGUCAGUAGCGAGAUGUGUUAACUUAAAAGUCUGUGUAAAUCAUGUGACCAGAAUCAUUACCUCUGCUUCAUGACACUUACACUGCUAGAGUUCUAGGCUUUUCUUAGUUGUUUUCACUUUUAUUUUGUUUUGUGAUAUUGCUAGUUUCUGUUUUAUGGAUAUUGCUAGUUUCUGUUAA